AUGGAAGAAGUUUAGAAUGAUUAUGUCAUAGAUAUGGGUUCAAACAAAAGUAAUGAAAAUUUAAUUUAAAAUGAAAAUUAGAUUGAAAUCUCUGAUAAUAAUUUGCACCUUUUGAUAUUUCUUGAGAACACAAAUAGAAAAUCAAUUGCUUAGUUGAGAAAUGGGUAGCUUGUCGAGAUUUUAAAAAACUUUUACAAAGAUUUGAAUCCGAAACUAAUUGUUGUUGGACAUUAAGAAAUUCAGACCCACCUGAUUAUUUAUUAACAGUUAAUUUUCUAACUGAAUAUAUGGGCAAGCUUAAGAACAAAUAGCAUCAAAAGUAAAGUAAUAAAUGGGAUAGGAAAAAAGAAUAUUUAGCAAAUGAAUGAUGAUAAGCAAACUUAUCAUUAAUAGAUCUUGUAAAACUAUGAAAAAUCAAAUGAGUAAAUUAUUCAGGACUAGAAUCUUUAGUUAUAGAAAAAUGACCUUGAAGUUUAAAAAGCAAAGAAAUUAAUUGAGAAAUGA